AUGGCGAGUUGGGAAGAACUCCCGCAAGAGAUCCUAGAACUCAUCGUUGGACGGCUGGCUAUAGAAGACUUUUUAGCUUUUCGAGGGGUGUGCACCUCAUGGCGGUCUGCUGCUAUCAGAGACACGUACAACGCGAAGUCAAAAGCCCCGUGGCUCAUGAUUUAUGUGGGCAACGGAGUAGCCGAGUUCUUCAGCAUCUCUAGAGGGAGAACUCACCAAGUGCGGUUGCCAGGAUCUCGACCCCAGGCCGUGAAUCCACCACGAUGGAUACUCGUGUCGAGAUGGGGCUUCGACCAACGCGUGUCGAGGUGGGGCUAUCAGUACUGCAUCUUCAAUCCGCUCUCGCGGGUCGGCAUCGAACUCCCCGCCUUGACGAAGCUUCGCCACAAGGUAUGCCCUUCACAGGUCAGGAGAAGAUGCGUGGACGGGAGUGAGCCCAGCCGCGAACCUGCCUCGGUCCACCUUCCUUCAAUUCAUUACGACGGGCAAUUCGUGGCCUUGGAUUCGCGUAGCCGAAUCAUGACCCUCGACGAGAGGGAGUGCCGAAUGCAAUUGCGACUCUUUCUUGGCCACAAUUUCGCGGGUUAUCCCUAUCUCGUGGAAUGUUCAGGCACAUUGCUGGUGGUUUGGAAGAUAUGGGACCAAGAGGAUGGAACCGUGGAAAGCAUCCGAGUUUUUGUAGUGGAUUUGGAGGAGGGAGGUCAGGAAGAGCUCGAAAGCUUGGGGAACGCGGCUCUCUUCUUGAAUGGCAACUCUGCGAUCUCGGCGGAGUUCAAUUCCGAGAGUUGCCUUCCCGGGAUCAAGCCAAACCGUAUCUAUUUCCAUGACAAAGAUAAGAAGAUGCACUAUUACUCCAUGGAAGAUGAAAAAGUCGAGAUAUGCUCCGAUGCACCUAGCGUUUACUUCCAUAGAGCCAUGUGGAUCCAACCAGAUUUUUGA